AUGUCUUCUUCCCUCUUCACACUUCGAUCGACAAACCAGUUACAUCCCCUUCUUCUCCCUUCUUGUUAUUUCUUUUUUUUUCGAUUUGAAUGUGAGGUUGUGCGGUGGCGCUUCAAGGUUGUGCGGUGGCGCUCCAAGAACGACAGGAGCUUUGUGAGGUUCCAUGAUGAAAAAAAAGCCAGCAUUUUCUACAACAAGAUACGGCUUACAGAUGAUGAUGGACCUACUAGCUCUGUUCCAUGUCCCUCACGCAAUCCAUUUGGAGUAACACAUCAAAGCUGGUUCAUUUACAUUAAGUCAACAACUUUUCUUGAUGGUACUUCCGUUCAUCCUCCUGACAAUUCUGAUAAUUAUACAUGUAUAUUAGACAGGGAAAGCAGCACAGUAGACACGGAAUCACUUUUUGUCAUUUCAGGGAAAUUGGUAUGGUCCAUUCGAAUUGAUCUUCACAUAAUCGAAAAUGGAGG